AAAUAAAAUAUUCUGCUUGAAAAAUCUUAAAUUUAUACUGAAGCCGCGACUUUAUAGCGAAAUAUAAUUGCACAAAAUAUAAUAUUAAUCUUUGCAUGAUAGAAUUAUCAAACAUAGACACCAUCAGAUGGAAUAUUUUAUUAGGUAAGUAUUAAAGGGGUGAGUCUUUACACGCAAGUAACCGCGAGUUUCAAAUAAAAGACAUUUUGUACAUCUCCCGAAACGUUCGUCAUGAAAAACAGAGUGAAUCUUUUUCUCAGUCAUUAAAUUAUUUUAAAAAAUAAUCGAAUUCAUAGCCGAGUUUCGGUGAUAAAACGCGUUAAAAGUGAUUGCUAUCUAAACAAUGGAUAUUUUUGAUCAGCCCUGCUAUAAAACCACCAAGAAUUUGGCUUCAGUGAUUGGCCGUUGGCCGUAUCAACCUCAAAAGCAGAGUUCAAUUAUAAUACUUGUCCUUUGGAUCGCGCUCGCUUUGCAAACUAUUCCACAAAUUAUUGCGAUGUUCAUAUAUUACGAUGACUCUGACGUUUUAUUUGAGGCACUAUCGGUGAUUCUGGUGGACAUUGUCCUUGCAGCCAAGUAUUUGAACGCGAGCUAUCGUGCGGAAUUGAUAAAAACUUUAUUUGACAAAGUGCAAAUGGAUUGGAAAUUAUUGAAAAAUGAAGAAGAAAGACGUAUUUUACAAUAUCAUGCAGAUAUUGGACGAUUUUUAUCUGCUGGAUACAUAGCAUUUUUAUUCGCAUCGUCGGUGAUAUUUGUCACGGAACCACUUGUACCAAGGAUUUACAGCUACCUUUCGACAUCUAAUGGGUCAGUUCCACUUCUGUUCGCAUUUCCAGCGGAAUUCGUAUUGUUUGAAAAAGAAGAUCAUUAUUGGUUGAUGCUGGUUGUCACGAGCACACUUACUCUUGUAGUUGUAGUAGGUGUUAUCUCAUGCGACGUUAUUUUUAUCACUCUUUUACAGCAUAUUUGCGGAUUGUUCGCAGUUUUAGGGCAUCGCAUAGAACACAUACCGACUGGUGAUUUUAUGAAGGAAAACCGAAAGGAAAAUUGUAUUAGUCUUCAAAAAAAUGAUCGAGAUAUUUCUUACCAACAUUUGGUUUCAUGCGUUGAAUUGCACUCCAGAGCUAUCAAAUUUGCAGAACUUCUUGAAACUUGUUUUGCGCUAAGCUUCGGCGUGGUAGUUGGGCUGAAUUUACCGAUGAUAAGUAUCACCGGUUUUCAAGUUAUAACGCGUUCUAACACAGUUCAACAAAUUUUAAAGUGUAUAUCAUUUACUGGCGCCCAAAUACUCCAUCUUUUUUUUGACUGCUACUUGUCACAAAAACUCAAUGAUUCAAGCUCCCAAAUUUGCCAUUGCAUAGCGAAUGUAAAAUGGUAUAACCAUUCCGUAAAAUCACAAAAAUUGCUGGUUGUAAUGACAAUGAGAAGUCAAGUGCCCUGUAAACUGACCGCCGGUAAAAUGAUGGAGUUAUCGAUCGAGAACUAUGGAAUGAUGCUGAAAACUGCGGGGUCGUACUUCACUAUGUUACUGUCAAUGCAGUAAAAAUAUUAAAAUGCUUCGGUAAUUAUAUAUUUUCUCAUAGUUACAAAAUGUAAGAGAAAUUAAAUGAAUCUAUUUCA